AUGUUCAGCUGGGCCAAGUCAACACUAGCCGCGGUUGCCGGCACCCAGGAGCCCGAAUACGGCCCCGAAGCCAUCCAGCCCGUGGGCAAGAAGGGUGGUGAGCCCGCCUACACGGAGCUGACCAAGAAGGACCUCAAGUGGGUGACGCUCGACUACACCAACGUCGAAACCCAAACCUUCUACCUCUUCACCGAUGCCGGCCACAAGGGCUUCCUGCAGGUCAUCUACAACAACGUCGCCGGCCUACGAGUGACCGUGCAGUUCAACUGCAAGCUCUUCUACCCCAACAGCGAGAAGCCUUUCCUAUGGGCAAGUGACCCCGUUUCAAACUACGGCUUCGACGAGGACCAGCAUUCCUUCUACGCCGACGGCGUCUCAAUCGAACUCUCCGAAGAUGGCAACGCAUACACCAUCAAGGCGGCUGUGAACGACAACAGCAUGGUCAACGUCAAGUUCACCAGGACUGCUCCUGGCUUCAUGGGCGGAAAGGACGGCACAACCAACUACGGCACCGAUCCGAAGGCGCCGUGGGGCUUCAUGCACCACCACUUCUGGCCGCGAUGCAGCGUCGAGGGCACCAUCAUCACCAAGGAGGGAGAGGUCGACGUCAAGGGUCGCGGCAUGUUGAGCCAUGCUGUCCAGGGAAUGAAGCCACAUCACGCUGCUGCGCGAUGGAACUUCGUCAACUUCCAAUCACCAUCAUACUCUGCCAUCCUCAUGGAGUUCACUACUCCCGCUUCUUACGCAUCGACUGUAGUCCGAGUCGCCGGAAUUGCAACCGAUGACAAACUUCUUUUCGCCAACACCGCAGGCGAUGUGAAGCACACCGAGAUCAAGCAAGACGAGACCGGCUGGCCGGAGCCUACCUCGGCGAGCUACCACUGGGUGGGAAAGACCGAGGAUGGCAAGGAAGUCACUGCAGACCUUUCUGGUGCUCUGGGAAAGACCAUCGACCGUGUCGAUGUUAUGGCUGAAGUGCCAGGUUUCAUCAAGACCAUCGUCGCAAGCGCAGCUGGCACAAAGCCGUACAUCUACCAAUAUGCGCCCAAGAUGACUAUCAAGGUCAAGGUUGGCGAUGAGGUCAAAGAAGAGGAGGGUACUCUGUUUACUGAGGCGACAUUCAUUUCCAGCAUGGUUAACGAAAGGCCCAGGCAGUUUGGCAGUCCAUCCCGCUACGCGUCAGCACCUCGGCCGCAAGCAACAGGAACAACUAUCUCUGCCUCACCAGCUGCUUCCAGAGCGGCAAGACUGGGGCUCGGGCUGGGUAAGGGCGCCGGCGGAAUAGGAAAAGGAAAAGGGCUGGGUAAGGGCGGACUCAAACGUCAUAUGAAAAUUCGGAAAGACAACAUAUACGGUAUUUCGAAGAACGAUAUACGUCGGUUAGCUCGCCGUGGCGGAGUGAAGCGCAUUUCGGCAACAACAUAUGAUGAUAUCCGUCAAGCUCUCAAGGAGAGGCUGCACCGGAUAUUGAAAGAUGUAUGCGCCAUCUUGGACUCAAGUGGGCGCCAAACUGUUACAGUCACUGACAUCGUCUUCACCCUUCGACGACUUGGUACUCCCCUUUACGGUUUCGAGCCCGCUUUCCUCAAUGUUCGCUGA